AAUGGAGCCGGCAGCAGCGGUCGUUGAUUGAUUUCGGGACAAUUUGACAGCUGAUGGCGUCACAAUUACCUGGACAGCGAAACAGGACCAAACGCAACCAACGUGCCGGACAAUCCGGCCUUUUGUUUCUAAAAAAAACCAGUAGGGAGGCUGCGCAGGGCGGGCUGAAACCGAUUGAUUGACACCAGAAUCAGCGAAUAAGCAUGAAGCUCGCCUGCCGGUUCAACCAAUCGGCCUGGCCUAGAGACAGGGUUUGAUUGGAGAGAGGGAAGAAAUGGGUCCGUGCUGAAAAAAAAACCGUGCGCAGAAAAAAACUUGCCGGGUGCAAAAGUUUUUUUGUAACCGCUGCGUAGUUACGGGCUGGGCGAAAGAAUGAGAGAGCAGGUUCCUGAUUCUCUGGAACUUUCGGCGUAGGUCUCCCGCAGCCCAGUUGUGUUUUGAAUUGCGGCCGUUAUUUUGCGGGCGUUCAGACGGCCCUUUGUUCUGUCCGGGACAAGUUGGGGGGUGGGGGUGCCCUCGACAUCCAGCUUGGUGUCAGCGGUCCUUUGAAUGAAGAUGGACUGCGAGCCGAACCGGGCGCGCCUGAUGUGCAUGCUGUGGCUGACGUUCGGCUUCUUCGUGGUGGAGGUGGUGGUGAGCCGGCUGACCGGCUCCCUGGCCAUGCUCUCCGACUCCUUCCACAUGCUGUCGGAUGUCAUCGCGCUGGUGGUGGCCCUCAUCGCCGUGCGCUUUGCCGCCAAGACCCAGUCGACGGCCAAGAACACAUUCGGCUGGAUCCGCGCCGAGGUGAUGGGCGCGCUGGUCAACGCCGUCUUCCUCACCGCCCUCUGUUUCACCAUCGUGCUGGAGGCCAUCGAACGGUUCAGCGAGCCGCGGGAGAUCCAGAACGCGGUGGUGGUGAUCGGGGUGGGAGCGGCCGGCCUCCUGGUCAACCUGCUGGGGCUCUGCAUGUUCCACGGCAGCGGGGCCGGCGGCGGGCCGGGGGCGGCCCACGGCCACUCGCACUCGCACACGCACGUCUCCGGCGCGGAGAAGGGCCACUGGCUCCGCAGGAAGAAGCGGAGCGACGCCGAGAAACUGGCCGGCAACGGCAGCAGUCUCCGCGACCAGGAGGAGGUCAACAUCCUGGUGAACAGCGGCAGCGCCAGCAACGGCGUGAACCCGGACAAACAGGACGUGUUCAGCACUCGCAGAAGCGGCGACCCCCGGCAUGUUAACGAUCUACUGAGGGAGAAUAGUGUGCCAGGCCUGCAGAUGAAUGGGAUUUCUAUUCUUGACGACCAUCGUGACGAAUUUGGAGACAUAGACGAUUCUGCAUCACAGCUGAACAUGCGUGGUGUCUUUCUCCAUGUGUUGGGAGAUGCCCUGGGCUCGGUCAUAGUUGUGGUUAAUGCACUGAUAUUUUACUUUAUUUGGAACCCAUGUCCUGAAAGUGGUCCAUGCAUUAAUCUAUGCCGCCAUGAUCAUUGUCCGAAUCGACAUAUAAAUGGCACACAGUCAAACAUGACUGAAAAUCAUGAAAGCAUACCAGAAGCUGGACCCUGCUGGGUGCUUUUCUUGGAUCCUACCCUGUGCUGUAUUAUGGUUUGUAUCUUGCUCUAUACAACCUAUCCUCUUCUGAAGGAAUCUGCUCUCAUUCUGUUGCAAACAGUCCCAAAACAAAUAGAUAUGGAGUUAAUAAAUGAGAAGCUGCGCAACCUGGAAGGUGUCCUUGCUGUACAUGAGCUGCAUGUCUGGCAGUUAGCUGGUAGCAGAAUCAUUGCAACAGCCCACAUCAAAUGUCGUGACCCAACUGCUUAUAUGGAUGUAGCUAAACGUAUCAAAGACUUUUUCCAUGAUGAAGGUAUCCACGCCACAACAAUCCAACCAGAAUUUGCUUCAGUGAACUCUGAAUCACGUACUUCUCUUUGUGAACUGCCAUGCAAGACUCAAUGUGCCUUAAAACAAUGCUGUGGCAAUGGAGAAAAGUCAUCUGGUGAUUUAAAGUUGGAAACUCCAUCUACCCAUUCUCUUGAGGUUAUCAGGGAAUCUCCUGAACAUCCCAUUGCAAGGACUGAAAGAAGUGAGAUGGGGAACAAUGCAGUAAAAAACAAAGACACACAAUAUGAAUCAGCUGUGUAAACUUACCCAACCUAAUUUUGAAAAGUGAUGUACUUUACAGACUUCAAAUUUUGGGGUUGUCAACUGGAAUUGGCACUAAGCUAAAAUAACCGUGGUAGAUAAUGCAACUAUAUUGAACUUGUUCCACAGCUCUGUGAUUUGUAUGUGGCACAUUCCAUAGCAAAACUGAACAGUUGUCUAGAAACUACUUGAACUUGUUAUCACAGCUUUCUGGGAAGCAAUGUGGAUAGUGCAUCACUGACUGUGUCAGCAAAAAAAUAUGUAUUUAAUUAUUAAUAAAGCCUGUAGAAUUUUGGGAAAUUAGGUUUUUAUAUAAGCAGUUUUGUAUAGAUUGAUGUAAAAACUUUGCAUCAAUUUACAAAAUCCGUUGUUCUCACCAAAAGAGCUGCUGCUGUAUAAAACUGGGUUGGGCAGGUGGGAGGGGAAGAAGGGAAGGUCACACUGUGGAAACUCCAAGCGAAGCCAGGGUAUUAAACAUAAUGAUUGGUAUUAUGCAUGGGUAAUUUGUUUUGUGUGCUGCAAAAUAUAGUGAAAUUUUCUCCUUGCUAGCUCCAAGAAUGCAUUUAUUGUAUUUCUUUAAAUUAUUAGAACAAAUGUUUCUGAUACAGAAUGAUCUUUAUUAAUUCUUGCUUCAAUCCUGUUGAUUAUAAUUGAUAAUUGUAAGUAAUGUUUUAAUGAUCUGAUGUAAUUGUAUCCCAUGAUACAAAUGCUUGUCUGGGAUAGUGUGCAAUUGCUUUCUUCCGGACCAGCAACUUGUGCAAAUAUACAGAAAUAUGUACAACCAAGUGCUGUGGCUUUGCUUUAGAAAAAUGUCAACCAAACCUAUGAGUCAAACUUCUAAACUGGUAUGUUGAAUGUGUGCAUUGUAAACAAUUUGGGACUGUAACAUUGUUCUGCUUGGUGCCCUGUUUUUAAUUCAGUUUCAUUUUUGGAAUAGUUUACCAUCUAUCAGAAUCUCUGGUAGUACUUUGGAGACAAUCCACUAUUUUGUUCCAUCCAUAACACUGUUUAGGUUGCAUAGUCCCAUUUUUCAAAAGAAUCAAGUAAAGCAGCUGACAUUUGGUUUUGGUUAUACAGAUUCAUUAUUGUAACUUCUAUCCCCAGCAUCAGAAAUGGGUGUAAUGUCUGGAAAUGGGUGUUAUUUUCUUGAGAAUUCUAUAGAUAAUUGUGUAACAUUAUUUGCCUUAAGACUUUUCCUGCAGAUUUUUAAAAAUACAGUAAAAGUUUCUUUAACUGCCUUUGCUGUUUCGUUUAAGUUGGCAUUGAAAUUUUAAAAUGGUAGAUUUAAACCAACACGUACAAGUGUGUUACCCUUAAGGUGAAAUGAAGUACAAAAACCAUAAAUUUAGUUAAAUUUUGUGGUGAUUGCUCUGAAUUUUGGGUGAGCAAAUGACAUAUGCUGAUGUUUUUAAUUUUGUAAAUUUCAAAUUAAUCCCAACUGUUUUAAAUUGGUUUCAUUAUUUUUUCAUAGUUUCUUGAUCGUCCUUUUCUACUCCUUUUUUGUAAUGGUAGAUUUGGAUUUUAAUGCAGUGCCACCUGCAGAAGUAACAUUUUUGUAUUGUGUAACUUAAUGAGCUUUAGUCCACCAUGGAAAUUUUCAAACUAACAUCCUGAAGGCUAGCUGCCAUCAAGCAGUGAGGCUAGAUUGAAGAGAUGUGUAGGUUUUCACUAGGGUUUCAGAAAAGCCAAAUGUGUACACAAGUUUCAUACUAAUACUAUUACAGCUGGGGGGGAAAAUGCCUUGUCCAUUGUUCUAAAUGUGUUGUGCCUGGAUGUAAUUACACCAGCAUUGAAAUAUGGUACUGGUAACAUACAAGUCCAUUACUGCUUUGUUACAGGGUGAGAGUUUUCAGAUGCCAAAUGAAGUGUAUUCAUUGAAUACAAACACUUGGGUUGAAUUUUCUGCUAAUAUUUUGGGGGUGGGGGGGGGGUGAAAUUAGAUGGCAAUCCUUUUCAUUGCAUUUUAGUCUAAGGAGUGUUUGGGUUGGGGGAAAUCAGGCUUGAGUUUUGAUUGUAUCAGAUUUAGUGCAAAUCUUUUGGAUCAUAGGUUCUAAAUGUUUUUAAGUGAAGGUGGUAAUCAAUUUAAAAACACUUGAUCCAAGGUCCUGAUUUGGAAGGAAAUGGUUAACAAAUUUCAUAAUGGAUGUGGCAUGUAGAGUGUAAAGAACCAACUGUAUUUGAAUCUUCAAAUGUUUUACAGGAAAACUAGUACUAAAAUGUUUUUUUGCAUUCAUUAAAUGUAUUACUGUACUUUGCCCCUCAAUUUGUUUUACUUCAUAUUCUGUUUCAAAUGUACAUCUACAUAUUGCAUAUUGUACAGUCAGCUUUAUGGAUGCUUUAACUUGAACUAAUGUGCAUCUUUGACCACAUUUUUGCUAUGACAAUAUCAUUUCAGAAUCGGGUUUAUUAUCAGUGACAUGUCAUAAAAUGUGUUGUUUUGCAGUAGCAAUAUAGUGCAAGACAUAAAUUACAAAAAUAAUGCAAAAGAAGAAUAGGGAGGGAGUGUUCAUGGAACGUUCAGAAAUCUGGCAGCAGAGGGAAUAAGCUGUUCCUGAAAUGUUGAGUGUGGGUCUUCAGGAUCCUGUACGUCCUCCCUGACGGUAGUAAUGUCAAGAGUGCAUGUCCUGGAUGGUGAGGGUCUUUCAUGAUGGAUGCAGUCUUCUUGAGGCACAGCCUGUUGAAGAUCUCCUCAAUGGUGGGGAGGGUUGUGCCUGUGAUGGAACUGGAUUCAUUCAGUCAUUUAACAACAGAUAUUCAAUUAUAAUGAUAAAUGGUUUGUAGUUACUAAGCACCUUCCGAUUAGGAAGCCAAUGCAGGCUCUGGUUUUGGGGGCUAAAGCAACUUUCUGCUUGCUGAGUUUCAAGUAUUCUGGAUCCAAGCAACAUUAAUAUUUUCAAAGUUGGUCUUUUUGUGAAGGAGUUCAUAUAAAGUCAAUGGGUUGGUUUCACUUGGAAUUCUUAUUUUCUUCAAAUGCAAUGCUAUGAAUUGUUUUAGUUCUUGUGGAUAUUGAAAUGAUUGCAAGGAAUUACACUAAGAAACUUGUUAUAUCAUCUGAUUUUGCCCACUUUAAGUUGUUUGAGGCCUUGUCUUAAAGUAAUACUAUUUAAAUAGGGACUCUUGGCAAAGUUACUGCAGGAUUUAAAUAAACUUGGCAGUAAAUUUGCUGUCAAGUUGACAAAAACAAUUGAUUUAUCUUCCUUGGAAGUCAGCCAAGUGCCUUUUCAGUCCUGAUUUGCUCCAUCCCUGUGAUGGAGAUGAUUGAUUUGCACUGUUGCUUACAGAAUUGGGUUGCCAGAAAAACAUGGGGCAUAUUUCUUGUGUUAUUUUAAUAUAGCUAUUAGAACUUUUAGGAGACUGAGACAAGUCAGUUGCUUUGAAGAAACUGGUUCAUUUGAGGACUAUGAUAACUGGGAAAGGUGGUGAUAAACAAUGAUCUUUCAAUUUAGUUGUACAAUAUUGUGGUGAUUCAGUUCGUAAUGUGAUGACUCUUGUGUUAAUCAAAGAUUGACACUUGUAGCCUCAACAGAAUUUAUCUUCAUUGUUACUUAAAUCUAAAAUGAAUGCAAAGGCCAUGUACUUCAUAGAAAUUUUCAUUCUUUGUAGAGACUGCUGUGUUUAUGUUCAUAUUACAAAUCAUCAGUUGAGCUAAACUUCAAGAUGAAAUGCUUCAGACCCUUUAUCUGAGAAUUGCUGUUAAUGCUAUUUGCAUAAAUCUUCUGGAAUUCUGUUUAUAAAUCAAUUUCCCACCAAAAAUUCGCUUUGUGCCAAAGUUUGGCUGAAAUUAAUUUCAAGAGGGGGUGCAUUGUCUUGGCGGCUAUUUUUCUUUGUGUAGGGGUGGCAUGGUGGUGCAGAAGUUAAUGUUGCUGCUUCACAUGGUUGAUCCUGAGUUGAUACUGUCUGUGCAGUUUUCAUAUUCCCUCCUGAGGCAAACUUCAUCUGGGUGCUCUGCUUUCCUCUUGCAUCCUAAAGGUGUGCUGCUAGGAUAAUUGGCUACUAUAAAUUUAACUUGGUAUAGGUUAAUGUCAAAAAAGAAUGGAGUAGAAUUGAUGUGAGCAAAUAUUGUAGUCAACCAGAAGAAUAAAAUGAAUGAGAUUGCCCAUCUUGGAACCAGAUUGAACCUAGGGGCCAAAUGAUGUGGGAGGGACAUAAUAAGAUGGUUUAAAAUAAAAGAAUGUUCCUUGGUCUACAAUUGCCUAUGACUAAUACAAAAUUUUUCUAAGUAUUGUGACCAAGGAAUGUACUAAGUUUGUCAUUCCACAUUAAAAUUUACAAGCCUGAUCUAUUGAAAAGUUUAAAUAUGUUUCAUGUUUCCUAUGUGUUUUUAACAUGAUAUCUGUACUUUGCAGAGGUUGAUGCCUUUCAGGUAAGGAAAAUUGUGAGAUUUGGAAAAUAGAAUUUGUGAUUUUUAGAUACAAGUAAAGCACAUUGAGUGUGCACUGAACUGUAAU